GCAAUUACCCUCUCUUCCCAAAUGCAUGCGGUGCUGUUUGGCAUCCCUGUUCCUUACUGAUCCCCCUCCUUGUUUUCACCUUGUCACUCCCGAGGUGAUUUGUGGGGAGUCUGAGACGUGGGGAGCACAGACUCUCUAGCAUCUAAAACACCUGCAGUCAGUGCCAUCCACCACAGCCUGUCCUCCAGCAAGGUGACUAACUCUGCAUCCCCAGAUCUGUGCCUGGCCUCUUCCGAAACGUGCAGUAAGGCAACACUGUGCAAAAGCUCCAUGCGACUGUUCUCCAUGUAAAGCACAGAGAAAAUCCCUUCAGUGCUAAACAGCCUGGCAGCUAAAGCAAGGUCACUGAUCAGCUGACCAACUUUCUAACAACUGGAAAACGCACGUUUGCUGCUCCCAACACUUAACUAUUGGCUCUCAGCACUGGGAAAGAUACCUCCGAGGGAGGAAAGCRCUUCUGCUCGCUGAUGUUUCUGUAGCUGGGAGAAUGAGAAGGUGAACUGACUCAUCUGUCCUAGCCUGUCGGAGGAUGUUUAACUGACAGCCUGAUUAGACCACAUCAUGGAGAAGACAGAUGCAAACGAUCAGCUGCCUAAAUCCAAUGGGGACAAAGACCAGCCCCGAAGCCUCCCCUACUCUGUUGAAACACCCUAUGGCUUUCACUUAGACCUGGACUUCCUGAAGUACGUGGAUGACAUUGAGAAAGGGAAUACCAUCAGGAGGGUUCACAUCCACCGGAAAGCCAAGCAGCCAAAAUUCAGCACUCUGCCCCGCAAUUUCAGCCUGCCGGAGAGUGGCUCUCGCGCGUAUACCUCCACUCCCAGCAAAAGCUGGACUGCGACCUACUCGUUUGCACAACGGAAGGCAUCGCUGGGGGCAGAGGAACCUCCCCGUCCCCUGGUACCCAGUGAGCUGCCUCCAUCUGCAGCUGCUGUCGAGGAGCCAAGUUUCCGAAGAAAAGCCCUUUUAGGCGAGGCACUGAGGCAAGGGGAGCUGGCGCGGGAGGCGGAGGGGGAGGCUGGCCGCCAGGACAGGCCCCAGCUGCUGCGCGCCUCCAGUCUGCCGGYUGCGCUCCCGCCGGGCCCGAGCGCUGGCGAGGAGCUCCCCGCGCCCGCUCCGCCCCUGGCAUCUCCUCAGCCCUCUGAGGACAAGGGCUGCUCCCAAAGUCCCCUUAGCCCUGCAAAGGAGGCACCGCUUUCUCUCCGCUCCGACAGCGCCACAGCAAAUCCUCCCCAAGAGACUCGACGGGAGCAGCAAGCGGCGGUGCAGAAGAAAGAGCAGGCCGGGUGGCAGCAGGUUAAGGUCGCUUCCGUGCUGGAGCGCCAGCUGGGAGAGCCCCCGGAGAUGCCAGCUCCAUGGCCAAACCAGCACCCUGCAGUGCAGCAGCUGCAGGUGGUUGUGGAGAGCCGGGGAGAGGAAUGUGAUGCAGCAGGAACACACAGCUGGUCUGAAUUAGCCAAGGGCAGAGCUGCCUCAGCCAGUGCCCUCCAGCUUGUGGAUGAAAACAAGAAGCAUGAGAAAAGGGAAUUAAGUGUAAGUGAAAUUGCACCAGAUGCACUGAGAAAAGCUGAAGACAGAAAUAUUUGGGCUAGAGAGAACAAGGAAAAUUGGAGCCCUCAGCCUUUGCACUGUGAUACAGACGAGGCCAGCAGGAUUGCAGCACUGAAGCAGCAGAUUGUUAUUCUGGAGGAGCAGCUAAGCAGCAAGAAAGAAGAACUUGAACAGAUCAGGGUAGUGCUGAAGCAGCAAGAUAAUGAAAUCAAGGAAAAGGAGAAAAGCAUUAAGUUACUCGCAAGCUCCAAAGCUCAGCUAGAAGAAAAAUUGCGCUGUGAAAAUAGCAGGGAAACGAGAGCACUGGCCAAGCAGGGCAGCAGUGCCCUGCAGUACUAUGAUGCUGCGGUGAACACCGAGCUCACACAGACAAACGGCUCCAAGCAAAGCCACGACAAAGGCAUCAAUGUAAAUAUCCCGAUCCCUACACAAUCCAUAGGCUGCAGCAUCCACAGAGCAGACAACAUGAACUCACAGGCUAAGGAGUUAAAUAGCAAGUUGGCUCAGAUUGAUCAGAGACUGGCAGUUGGUGGAGAGGGACCUGAACGUUUUGCCAAACAGGCACAGACAUCACGCCCCACUGAGCUGAAGAUUGAUGAACAUCUCGGUGAUGACAAUCGAAAUAAAAGAAAUAAUUCUGGUACCCAGAAUCUUGCUGCUCAUGCAGUGAGCACAGAAAGCUACCGAGGAACAAAAGUUGGCUCAGAUACAGGUGAACGCCAGCCCGGCAGUGGCGAGGAUAUAAAUCAAGAUGUGAUGGAAGAAGAAGGUCACCGUAACCAAGAAGAUUUCGCCGCUGUAGAUCCCAUAGGCCAAUAUGUCAAAAAAAUCCAGGAGCUCCUGCAAGAGCAGUGGAUGUGUUUGGAGCAUGGCUACCCGGAGUUAGCAAGUGCUAUUAAGCAGCCUGCCUCGAAACUUAGCUCCAUUCAGAACCAAUUAGUUAAUUCCUUAAACUCGUUGUUAUCUGCCUACUCUACACAGGGGCCAGCAGAUAAGGAGAAUUCGAACACACAGUAUCAACAGUUGGAAAUCUCUCCAACCACAAGUCUUAAAUCUAUCAUGAAAAAGAAAGGUUAUGGUUUCCAUGCAGGAGGCAAUGGGACCAAAAAGAAUCUUCAGUUUGUUGGGGUAAAUGGUGGCUAUGAAACGACCUCAAGUGAAGACACAAGUCGUGAAGACAGCCCAGUGGAAGAGGAUUCAGACAAUGAGACSGAGAGGAAAUCGGAUGGAUCAGAGCAGAGACAGCCAGAAGCUGCACAUGAGAGUGAUCCCUUGGCAUCGGAGACCUCCCAGCAUGAGGGACACGAGGACAACGGGCUGCAGGAGCCAGCGGCAACGGUGACAACCGGCACGCAACACGGGACUGACAAAUGCAAACCCUCUGAAGAUUGCCUUACUGACUGCCAGCUCCUCAGCAAACACCUCUCAGAAACUAGGACCCCAAGCAACGAGCAUCUGGAGCGCAUCCCGGGCGCUGUCUCCCAGGAGUGGUUCCGUGUGUCGAGCCAGAAAUCCUCCAGCGCCGAGGCCGUUGCCGCCUUCCUGGAAGCCUUCGGCAAGGCCCAUCCGCAGCUCCUGGAGGCCGUGGUGAACCUGGCCGAUGAGAACGGCAACACCGCGCUCCACUACAGCGUCUCCCACUCCAACUUCCCCGUUGCGAAGCUGCUGCUAGACACAGGGGUGUGCGACGUGGACCGCCCCAACAAGGCCGGGUACACGGCCCUCAUGAUCACGCCGCUGGCCUCCGCCGAGAGCCKCCACGACAUGGAGGUGGUGACGAAGCUGCUGAGGGCGGGAGACGUGAAYGUGCGAGCGAGCCAGGGGGGCCAGACGGCCCUGCUGCUCGGCGUGAGCCACGAGCGCGAGGACAUGGUGCAGGCCCUGCUGUCCUGCCAGGCUGACGUCAACGUGCCGGACGAGCAGGGGACCACGGCGUUGAUGGUGGCCUCUCGGCAAGGCAACGCCGACAUCGUGCGGCUCCUCCUGGCCCAGCCYGGCUGCGACGUCGCCCGCACGGAUAAGGACGGCCGCUCGGCGCUGGAGCUGGCGGAGCGCUCGGCCCACGCGGAGAUCGCGGCGCUGCUGCGAGCGCACGCGGAGCCGCGCGGGGCCGCCGCCGAGGGAAGCAGCCGGGCCCCCGGGCUCCCCGCGCCGGGGACACCAGGGUGA